AUGAGUGUCUACCAUCGAUAUGCCUCAGGAGAAUACGAUAAGACGUAUUUUGAAAAGGCAAGCGAAAGUAGGAAACAUGACGACAAGGUGGGACGAAUACAAAUUUCUCCAUUAUUAGGCCAGUUUAGCACUUCCGAUACGCUAUAUAAAUUUAAAGAAAAAAGUAUUGAAGAGUGGUUAGCUAUAUUCCCAAAGGCAGCAUAUUUUAAAGGAUACGAUGAAAGUUUGUUCGGAAAUGUUAUAAUUAUGGUUUACGAAAACUCGCAUACGGGAAAGUUAAACACUACGUCCUUUAGUAAAUUUGGCGUUACAUCUUAUGACAAUUUAGUAUUAGAUGCCAGAUCGAGAUUCUGGCCAAGUUGUGAAAAUUUAUUGCCCAGUUAUCAGAAAUCUAACGUUAGAAGAAGCUUAGCUAUAACUAACUUGAAGAACUACAACAAGCUUGUAAAUAGUCCAGGAAAUUUUUAUGUCAACAAAAGCUGGGAUGAAACCUAUGCGGGUAGCUUAGCAAAUAAUAUGCAAUUGAUUUCUGAGAAGAAACCAGAAAAAUUUGGAUUGAAGCUCUUAGAAUUAGGCUUACUUCAAACUCAUUGUAUACAAUCUACAGUUUUAGAUGUGAUUUAUGAUAAUGCAUCUUCAGAAACAAGCGAUAAAAUAGUCGAAGAGAACAAUAAAUUAGUGUUCUUAAUUGGGUCUCAGUUGGAGCAGCUAUUUGAUCCAUUAUUGGAGUAUUCACCAGAGAUUAUGGAAUUUUCUUAUACCGUACCAGUAGAUGCUAUUCUGCCUCAGAUAAAAAACAACGAACUAAUAAAUACAAUUAUAAGUGAGUUACUUACUGUUCAAACGAAUUUUACAAUGAGAUUAGUGAACUUGUUACAGAAUUUUAUCAUUCCAUUGCGUAUCCACGUUUUAGCUGCAACAUCAUCUUCAGGAAUUACAAAAAUUAAUCAAGUUUUCCCUCCAACAAUAGAUGAGAUCACUAGAAUAAACUGUAUAUUGCAUGAUUCGUUGAAAAAGGCAUCGGCUUUUGGAUAUGUUGAAAUAAUGAAAGCUGUUGGUACGAUAAUGCCAUAUUUCUAUAAAGCAUUUAUUAGGCAUGAAGCAAAUUUAAAGAACUUUAGAGAUAAUUUAGCCAAAUUUCACAGUAAAAAUAAUAAGAAAAUAUUUGAAAACACUAUGAUAAACAAAGGGAAUCUUGGCAUACGGGAUAUUGACUCAAUUGUAGCUGGGUCUCUACUAGAAUUGCCAAAACUUAAGUUGAUACUUGUCAGGUUGAAGGAUUCAAUCAUUUUUGAAAAGACGAAAUUGAGCAAUUUUGAAGAUGAUCCAAGCAACGAGUUUUUUACAAUCGAGAAGUAUUUCAAUUCUGCCGUCGAUGUUAUUGAUGCAUUUGGAUUUGAGGAGGAGAAUAAUCAAACAAAGAUAGAUAUCAGACAAAGAGUCUUUACACCAACGGGAAAAAUAUUAACAGAAUUGGCGUCUAACUGGCCACCCGAAUUGCAAUAUGGGUGGUUGGCGCGUAAAGUUGUUGGAAUUUAUGAAAUGAGAAACAUUAAACCCUUGAACGAUACAUUUUAUGAUUUGGAUAUCUUGAUUAUAUUUUCAGAUCAUAUACUAUUUUUAACUAUUGUGGAUGAUUCGUAUUAUAACGAGAGAAAUAAUGAAUCAAUGAAGAAUCUCUGUGUUUCUGACAUUUUAAUGCAUUCGCUAGUGAAUGAUAAGCCAUUACCAAAUUUGAAGCUGUUACCAACAAUGGAAGUAAAUUGUUGGUGCAUCAUAAAUGAGGUAAUUACAACUACUUACAAAGGAGUAUCCCCUAUCACCUCAAAGACUCAAGAAUUUUUAAAAUUUGUAAAUAUUUCCAAGACAGGAUUCAAAAACAAUAAUGCAGAAAAUAGUACUAUUAGUAAAAAUUAUGAAAUUUUAGAUGGGAGCGAUAGGGGAAAUGUCGAUGGAUGCAAAAUUAUAGAGCUAAUAAAUAAAUCAACAGUACUAAAUAAAAGGAAACCAUUCCAUUUGUUUAGAUCAAACGAUCCGAAACUACAUAUUUAUUCUAUUGCCCAAGAACUAUCUGCAUAUCAGGAAGAAAGUUGUAAAUCUCCUAUGGCAUUGUACUUGAAUUUAUCGAUUCAUGAUCCGAAGAAAUAUUUUGAAGAAAAUCAAACUGUUCAUUUUGUAUUAAAUGCAUCUUUUAUUAAUGAUCAUCAAAUUCAUAUGGUUGGUUUUAAUAGAGCUGAAACAUUUGAAUUGAACGAAAUUAUUUCUUCUAAUGAUUUACAAGUUUGCUUGAAAGAAGUAAUAGUUAAGAAUUUUAGUCUAUUAUUUAACACAUUUAGUAAUAUUUCAAAAAUGCUUACUCAAGGAUAUGCCUAUGACAUAAAUUAUUGUGCAAAUAUUUUUACACAAAUUGACGAAAUAAAGCUAAACGAACAUAGACAAGAAAUUGCUAAAAACAAAAGUACUGAUUCAAUUUCAAGACCCAAAACUAGAAAUGUGUCAGAAAUUAUAUCGAUACCAGAAGUCUACAUGAAUAAAAUAUCACCUUCAAAUACAAAUACGCGAGACCAACGUCUGCAACAAAGAAGGACGGAAAAAAGGCUCUCUACAAGAAGUAAGAACAAUUCUAGGGAUGUUGAGGUCAAGAAAAGUUCACAAGAAAGACCAGACAAACGUAAUUCUAUGAUUAAGAAAGUCUUCAGAUCUUUGAGACGGUCUUUUGAUGGCAUAGAAAAUUCUACGCCUAAAACUGAAAUACAUGAAAAUAAUAAUACUUCAAAAUUGCAAGACAGCUCUUCAUUUUCUGGAAAGAAAAAUGAGUAUACUAGUUUAUAUAAACCUGUGCCACAAUUACAAACAAAAGAACAAAAGCAUGUACACGAACAAGUACAAGUACAAGAACAAGGACAAGGACAAGGACAAGGACAAGAACAAGAACAAGGACAAGAACAAGAAAAAGAACAAGAACAAAGUUUUUCUGAAGCUAAUAUACCUCGAGAUAUAGAUAAUUAUACUGGUAUACAAAUGCGUAAAGAAUGCAACAAUUCUGUUCAACAGUCAAGAAAUACUUCAGGAUCCUUGGAUGUGAAUUCUCAUUUUGAAUUUCCACCGCACCUUGAUUCGCUGUUCGGAUCAAAUAAUAAUACAAUCAUCUUAGUGAAUGACAAUGAAAAUAGGCAUAAAAAUAGACCAGCGCCCGAGAAAAUUCUGAUAUUAGAUAGUACAGAUGAUCAUUCAUCUAAUAUUCCUAGAAGACUGGAAAAUGUGGGUUAUGGAAAAUUUAAUGUAGAAGACUUUUACGAUGAUGGUGAGGCAAAUUGGGUGUCAAUUUCCAAUGAAAAUUACUCAUUGUUAAACGCUGAAAUCAGAGCAUUGAAGGAAGAAGCGCAUAUGGAUACUGAGGAUAUAAUUGAAUUGAACGAUUCAGAUAAUAUAACAGAAGACGAAAUGCGAGAUGUCUAUGAAUCUAAAGAUUUCGAUGCCUUUUACACGCCCCAAAAUCAACUGGUAGCACAAUUUGGUGAUAACCCAACGUCUUUGAAAAAUGAAAAUAGAGAGAUGUCAACACAAUCUUUGGCAUCAUCUGAAAUUAUUGAAGUCUUUGGUAAACAGAUUGAUUCUAAUUUCAGAAGUGACUAUAUUCCAAACUUAAAUGAAAAUUUGCAUCUGAUUAAUUCUAACAAAAAAUUUGGCUUUCAAAAUGAUCAUAGAUUCUCUGUUCUUACAAGCUCAGACGAUGAAUUUUUUUCUUCUGAUGAUUUUGCAAGUAGUUUGCCAAUCGAACGUCAGGAGAAUAAAAAAUCUCACUCACCAAUGAUUAUGAAUUCGAGUUCUAGUGAUGCAACAAUAAUUAAUGAGAAUUUUGAAGAAAAGCUCCUUCCAGCAACUCCUAUCGAUUGUGAUGAUAAGGUAUUACCAUCAUCUCAGAUACAUAAAAAUAUGCAAAGUUCUUCGAUUAGAAGCGAUUCUUUUAGUACCACAUAUGAAUCAAUGACUUACUUAUCGGAGAUCUUAAAUGGUCAUUUAAACUUUUCAGAUUAA